CAGCCAAAAUCCCUCUCUAUCCACACUCUUCUUUGGUUCUCUCUCCCCGACGAUUUUACAAAAAUAUACUAUGUAUCUAUCUAUAUAACACUAUAAUCCUCUCCUUAACUAGGGUUCCCUCCACAACUCGUUCUAUCACUUCUCAACGGAAACGAGAAUCAAAUCAAAUGCAAUAGAUUUGGCCUCAGGAGCAGGUAGAUGUGUAUAGUAGAAAGAAGAGUGGCCACGGAGUAGGUUAUCUUGUAAUUUAUUCAACCUGAUUUUGCAUAGACAACGACUAUUAUGCCCAGCAUGGAUGCUGAAAAUUCAAGCAUUUCUCGGUCUGAAGAAAUCAAACUCCAAGCUAAUGAGGCAUUCAAAGCUCACAAAUAUUCUCAAGCUAUUGAUCUGUAUACUCAAGCAAUUGAACUGAAUAGUCAAAAUGCUGUAUACUGGGCAAAUCGUGCAUUUGCUCACACUAAACUGGAGGAAUAUGGUAGUGCUGUCCAGGAUGCAUCAGAGGCUAUUGAAGUUGAUCCCAUGUAUUCAAAGGGUUAUUACAGGCGAGGUGCAGCAUAUCUUGCAAUGGGAAAGUUCAAAGAAGCUCUAAAGGAUUUUCAACAGGUCAAAAAAAUCUGUCCCAAUGAUCCUGAUGCUACUAAGAAAUUGAAGGAAUGCGAGAAAGCUGUCAUGAAGCUAAAAUUUGAAGAAGCAAUUGCUGCACCUGGUUCUGCAAGGCGUUCUGUGGCUGAUUCCAUUGAUUUUCAUUCUAUAGGGACUGGUCAAUUCUCAUCAUUCAUUCCCCCCCAAGUGGCUGCUGUAACAGCGGCAGUAGUAAUGGCUGUACUGCUAGUGGUGCUGGGGACAAAAGCAGCCACAGUGGCGGUGGCAGGAAUUGCUACGGUAUUGGUUAUCAUGGUUACAUGCUGGUGGGGUGGCUACAGUGGUGAUGUCUUUGCAAAGAGUCAAACACUUGACCUAGAUGUGGAGCCACAAUAUUCUGGUGCAAGAAUAGAUGGAGAUGAUGUAACUCUGGAAUUUGUGAAGAAAAUGAUGGAUGACUUCAAGAAUCAGAAGUUUUUACACAAAAGAUAUGCAUUUCAGAUUGUUCUACAAACAAGAGAAAUGUUGCGAGCCUUGCCAUCUCUCGUUGAUAUAAAUAUUCCUGAUGGCAAACACUUCACUGUUUGUGGCGAUGUACAUGGUCAGUUCUAUGAUCUGCUAAAUAUUUUUGAGCUCAAUGGGCUUCCCUCGGAAGAGAAUCCUUAUCUAUUUAAUGGUGACUUUGUGGAUCGGGGAUCCUUUUCUGUAGAGGUCAUUCUUACGCUGUUCGCAUUUAAAUGCAUGUCUCCUUCAGCUAUAUAUCUCUCUCGAGGAAAUCACGAAAGCAAGAGUAUGAACAAGAUAUAUGGUUUUGAGGGCGAGGUCAGGUCCAAGUUGAGUGAAACAUUUGUGGAACUCUUUGCCGAAGUUUUCUGUUGUUUACCUCUGGCUCAUGUAAUAAAUCAGAAGGUUUUUGUGGUUCAUGGAGGUCUUUUCAGUGUUGAUGGGGUGAAGCUUUCAGACAUUAGAGAAAUUGAUCGUUUUUGUGAGCCCCCAGAGGAAGGGUUGAUGUGUGAAUUGCUGUGGAGUGAUCCUCAACCUCAGCCUGGAAGGGGUCCAAGCAAGCGGGGCGUAGGUCUUUCUUUUGGUGCAGACGUAACACACAAAUUUUUGCAGGAAAACAAUCUAGAUUUAGUCGUGCGAUCCCACGAAGUGAAGGAUGAGGGCUAUGAGAUUGAGCAUGAUGGUAAACUCAUUACUGUAUUUUCUGCUCCAAACUAUUGUGAUCAGAUGGGAAAUAAGGGUGCUUUUAUUCGUUUUGAAGGCCCCAUUAUGAAGCCAAAUAUUGUUACCUUUCCAGCGGUGCAACACCCUGAUGUCAAGCCAAUGGCAUAUGCCAGCAACUUCCUCCGAAUGUUUUCUUAAUCCAUAGUUGUGUUUUGCUAUACUGCCCAAGUGGAUGGUUAUUGCAUAAGGAAUACUUAGGACCGGGUCUCCAGGAUUAAUAGGUUAAAAAUCCAGGCGGAGGUGCAGUGUAAAAUGUUGGUGGUUUGUUUGUGGUUGAUUAUUAGUUUCUUUGUUUUUACUUUUUCAUAUGUUUUUUAAUUGUUAUUAAUAAUAAAAUUCUAUUCAUAUCAUGCUCGCUGUGGGGAACCGCAAUUAUGUUAUAAUAAUAUAUAUAGGAGGGUGUCUACCUAUAUGUAGGCCUCUUUUUUUCUUUUUCCUGAA